AUGUUGGACCACGAAGCAGAAACUGCAGGGUCUCCUCAGUCACUGCCUAGUGUGGCCUGUGGAGCCUUCCAGGACCUGCCCAGCCUCCCCGCCCCAGCCUCCCCCGUGCCUGCCUCCACCCCUCAGCCCCCCACCUCGUGGUUCACGCUGUCACUUGGCAGGCACCAUGUCUGCACCUCACCUCUCCCGCCUGGGGCUCCCGACCCCUCCUUCGCACCCCUGCUCGUCAGUGCUGAUUCAAGAGGCACCCUGGCGUCCCUCGCCCCCCGUAGAGCUUUCCUGACCCCCUACUCUGGGCACCUACGGCGUCUCCAGGCCUGUUCUCUGGGCUUCACACCGCGCCUUUCGGAACCCCUCACCCGGAGCUCUUGCUCGUGGUCACCUAUUUCCAUGACUUCCUCCCCAUCUCGUGUUAUCUAUUUUUCGAUUUCUAGCGUCUCUUAUGCGUCACCUGGGAAUGCUGCCUUCAGGGACUUGGGGCUGAAGGUUUAUAAAGGCCCAGCCGGGCCCUCGGUCUGCACAGCGCGGGCCCGCCUCCUUCCUGCCUCCCGUGGUGAGCUAGCUGCCGGCACCAUGCUCAGAAAGGCCUUCCUCCUCUCCGCCUGGGCAGCCCUGGCCGUGGCUCUCCCCGCACUACCCCAGGAAUUUAUUGCUGACCCAGAGUCAACCACCAACUCAGAUUUCAACACUGACCUAGAAUCAACUGAUAACCCAGAGUUGGCCACUGACAUAGAGUCAACCUCUUCCCUAUACUUGGCCUCUGACCUAGACUUAACCAUUGAUCUAGAGUUGGGCAGUGAUGUCAAGUCAGCCAGUGCCCUAGAAAUCAUUCGUGAUGUAGAAUCGACCACUGACAUAUAUUUGGAGAACACAGAGCCUAUUGAAUCGUCUACUCAUGAGGAAUCAACCACCAGCAACUUUGAGGAACAAACUACUGAGGCCACAAGCGAUGUCACUGCUGCUUAUUCCGAAGAGCUCAUGACAGGGGCACCAGAUGAACCCUAUACCUCCAUGGAAAGCAAUGAGUUUGUCCCAGUGUUUGUUUAAAGUGAAGCAGAUCUUGCAUUAGCGGUGACCAUCACUCUGCAAACCACAACUUCCUAAGAAGAUUCUGCGCUCCUGAACAGCCUACCAUUCCAUUUUAGGAGACUGAGUAGUUACGAAAGACUUCUGCACAUAUGAUACCCCAGCUGAGGAUGGAUAGAGUAGCAGGAAUGUACCCAGACAGAAGAGGGGCCUUUUCUUAAUCAUGUCCCACUUAA